ACACAGGAGGGCCCUCACAUCGCACAGAACACAGAGACGACCCACUCAUCGACGGUCGCAAGAAUCAAUGGCCAAGGCAAAAGCACCCCCUCCGUCAAGUGGCGGCAAAGCUGCGAAGAAAAAGAAGUGGUCCAAGGGAAAGGUCAAGGACAAGGCCCAGCACGCCGUCUCUCUUGACAAGGCCACAUACGACCGUAUCACCAAGGAAGUGCCCACCUUCCGAUUCAUCAGCCAGAGCAUCCUCAUCGAGCGGCUGAAGAUCAAUGGCAGUCUCGCCCGGAUUGCCAUCAGGCAUUUGGAGAAAGAUGGUCAGAUCAAGAGGAUUGUGCACCACUCGUCACAGCUGGUCUACACACGAUCAACGACAGCAUCGGACUAGAUUCGUUGUCUUUCGUUUUCCUAUCGCUUUCAUGCAUCUAUGUAUUACCCCAAUCAAAAUCCAUGUUGCCUGACCACCUUAACGUCAUUUGAGAGACUUGCAUUAUGCUUGAAAACUUAAGAAAGAUUUAUAUUUUCACUGCUGGGUCAUUGGUCGUGCUGCUGCCUGGGAACCCUAUUUG